AUGUCUAACCAGUCCUUGCCAUUUCAAAGCAAUAAGUCCAUGUCCAAACUGCGACACGACUAUGACCAACGCGCAUCCACCUUUGCAGAAGAUCUCUCUCAGGUCUACAAGCUCCGCGUCAAGGUAGACCGAGAAAACCGUGAGUUCAAGGAAACUAUCGGAAAGCAGAUCGACCACCUGAUGCUUCUACAAUCUGAGAUUAUCCAGGAAGCCGAUGUAAUUCGUACAGGAGACUCUUCCCUCCUAACAGAGCAGGAGAUCUCAACCCUGGCCCAUCACCCAGGGAUUCAACUCAUCCCCGAGCAUUGGUUAGUAUGCUUCCUGAGAAACAUUGGCGAGAAUGAGAAGCUGAAAGAGCAGGAGAUGAUGGUCAAAAACAGAUACCAAGAGUUAUAUCAUCAGAGAGGUCGGCCACGCAUGACUGUGAACAAUGGUCAUUAUACACGUCGUAUGGAUUGGUAUGCUCGACGACUAUUUAGGCGAGAAGCCGUAGCUGAAGAUGAGCGACUGCCUAUCGAGAUUGGAAAGAGACUUGAGUUUCUGAAGCAGUAUAGAGAGCCGGAUGCUUCGCAGACCGACUUUGAGCCUGCCCUGAGUGCUUAG